UUUGGUUUCUCAGUCGACGAAAAGAUCCUCUUUAGUGAUGCUAACUGGCAGUAUGUGGUGAUCAAUUAAAUUCAAAGCUAAAUCUCAUAUAAAUAAACAAGCCUCACAUGUUGUCAGCUAUGCUAUAGUCACUGCUAAAUAUCACCAGAAAAUCAAGCAAUGCAGUCUUUAUGUUCUCUGAUUUUGCUCGGUUGUUGAACCCAACUCUCACUACAAUCUACAGCCAUCCAUAAUAGAUGAGCUUUAAAAUGUGUGGGUUUUCUAUGGGGGCUCAGCACAGCUUUAAUCAGCUCUAGUUCCAGGCAAUUUGAAAUCUAAAGCAUUUCAGGUACGCCGCUAACCCUGUGAUUUUCACCAAAGGAGGCCAAAGAGGAGGCGGGAAGACACCAGAAACUCUGCUGGAACGGUAGAGAGGUCUUCAGCAAGUACACUACACACAUCCUAUAAAAUAUGUCAUCCACACAACAAGUUUACAUCAUUUCAUUUUCUUUGAGGUGAUAACGGCAAGGUGAUAAAUAACUUAUCACCUUGCCGUUAGGUGGUAACUUUAAGGUGAUAAAUGACAUUUGCAAUAUAUAUUUAUUAACAAAAGAGUCAGCGCCGAUAGCCUCGUGGGCAGCAUGCUGACAUAUAGCGUUGUUGCACUUUGGGAGACCCGAGUUCAAGUCCCGGCUCGCUGACCUUUCCCGAUCCCAUCCCCCCCUCUCUCUCACCUUGCUUCCUGUCCACUCUAUACUAUCACAACGAAGGCAAAAAUCGCCAAAAAGAAAUCUUAAAAAAAAAACAACAACAACAGCAAAACAGAGAGGUAAGUAUCAGAUAUGGAAAUGAGGAAAAGUGCAGCAAAGUGGGUCAACAUGUAAAAAUCAGUAAAAAGUGUGAAAUUUUUAGAUAACAUGUAAAUAAUACACCGUAUAGAGAAAGUACUAUGCCUGGAGCUUGGGCGGCUGCUGUUUUAUGGAAUGUAAUGCUUUAAUAUUCUGAUUUAUACACUCUCUUUUUCUCCUGUCUCUCAUACACUCCCCAGAGUCAAAGCCAACAAUUCACUCCUGGCCUGUCCUCCUCCAGGGCUGUGGUACCUCGGGGAAGCAAUGAGUGAGAAGCUAAGCAUAGAGAAGCUGAGAGCACUUGCCACUCUCCUUAACAGGAUUAUCCCUCACUCACGCUGCUGUCUCCACUCACGAGCGGAUCACAUUCUUAAUAAACAUGUUACCUCACACCCUGAGCGGCCGCAGGCAGUACAUGUUUGUUGAAGACUGGUGUGAAGGAAGGACCGAAUAAGGGCAAAAGUUUCUAUGUUUGCACUGCGCGUGAUGCAACGCCCUGCAACUUUUCACUGCCUACAGAGAUCCCUCCAUCUCACUGCCUUCAGCAUGAGGACUCCAUGGUUGAACUUCAAACACUAAUUUACAAUGAAACACAGGACAAAUACAAGUUGUUUUAUCGCUGUAUGCUUGGAAAAACUGAGGGACAGAAGUGGUGUGGGUGUGUUCCAUGGAGAGAGAAAGACCCUGAGAGACGGACUGAUUUGUUAGACAAAAAUCUUCAAUCCUCCAGCCUCACUCCAGUCAGGAACCCUUUCAAAGUCAAGACAAAACAAGACAAAUCUUCAGAACACAGGAGGGAUCCAGAUGCUGAAAAGGAUAGAAGAGAGGUUAAUGUUAAAGAUAAACAUGUGAACGGUGAAGAUAAUUGCAGUGCUAAAAAGAAAGAAGGAAAAUCCAAGUCAAAAGAGAUGGAAGGGACUAAUAAGAAUGGCAUGGAUGGUCAAAGUGUCUUGGACCGAGAGGGGAGAGAUUCUGGAGGUUCAGAGUCCUGGAGGAACAAGACACUUCCUGCUGGGAUGAAGAUAAAGAAGAGAGUGUCUAAUGAUGAGAGACCAAGGAGCCCAGCAGAGGACGAGACAUGUCCAGAGAGUCCAAACUCCGUGAAAGAAUGUGUUCAAAGGCCGAGAGAAUCUGAGACCAGCCUGAAAGAGCAGCAGGAGCAGAAACCUACAAAAAAAUCAGGCAGCUCUACAAAGAGCUCAUCUGGAUCUGAUAUGAAAACUUCAGAGAAUAAAACAAAGGAUGACUGCUCGAACAAGCAAAGCACUUCUAAUUCAAAAUCAGUUACAGAUAAACCUCAAAACCUGCAGAGCAAGAGCCAGUCACCUUCAUGCUCCACAUCACAGGAUGUGGCAGAUUCUGAAAAGCCCUCAGCACUUAAUGUUCAGAAGACACUACCAAACCAGAGUCAGGAGAAGGACCAGAAGGGCAUAGCGCGGUUUGGUGAGUGGAGCGAUGAGGAUGAUGAUGAUGUUCAGCUGGUGUCAGUACAGCCUCCCACCCAGCAGAGUGCUCCGACUCCAGUGGCACCUGUUCAGAAAACGCUCACCUCUUUCCCUGGUUUCCAGGCUGCUUCUAAAGCCCAGGUUCAGUCUGAGGACCUCCACAGCCAUCUCACAGCCCAGCUCAAGCAGAAGAAGGCCACUCUUUCAGUGGUGAAUGUGUCUGCUCUGCCAGAUAAAGGAGAGCGUUUGAAGAGUCAGGUGAAGGAGCUGGAAGAGGCUCUGGAGUCUCUGAGCUUGACCACAGCUUCUCUGUCUGAGUCUCAAGAUAAAGACAGAGCAGAGGCAGAACACAAGCCCAUAUACAGCUUGUCCAAUCCAUUCAGUCAUCCUGGAGGCACAAUCCUCCUGCCCACAGCUCCAGCUCCCAUGCAGAAAGAAUCCUCUAGUGGCUCACUGGGCCUGAACCUCAGCCAAGGCUACUCCCAGAUGUAUGGAGUGAAUCCUCAGAGCCAGGCUUUCUAUGGUGGCAGGAUGACUGAGAACAGACUGCUGGCUGUCCGCAAUGCCACCACUGAGGCCCUCGACCAUCUGCACGACUCGCUGGAGUCUUGCCCUACAGAAGACACGGAGGCACAGGAUCCCAAAGGAAUCAAGGUGGAGCUGUUGCCUCAUCAGAGGAGGGCUCUGGCCUGGCUGCUGUGGAGAGAGACACAGAAACCAUGUGGAGGAAUUUUGGCUGAUGACAUGGGCCUGGGAAAGACCCUCACAAUGAUCUCCCUCAUUCUGUCUCAGAAGAAGAAGGAUGAAAAACUGGAGGAAUGGAUCUCUAAAAAAGAUUCAACCAUAGUGGCUUCUCAGGGGACGUUGAUCAUCUGUCCUGCUUCACUGGUGCAUCACUGGAAGAAAGAGAUUGACAAGCGUGUGAAGAGUAGUCGCCUCAGUGUGUAUUUGUACCAUGGCCCCAACCGACAAAGGAGUUCAAGCAUCCUUGCUGAGCAUGAUGUGGUGAUCACUACGUACAGUCUGGUCUCUAAGGAGAUUCCUGUGCAGAAGGAGGAUGCGGAGAAACCCUCUCAGGACUCUGAUCAUGUGGCCUCAGACUUGCCUCCCCUUUUACGUAUUGCCUGGGCACGUGUGAUUCUCGAUGAGGCUCACAACAUUAAGAACCCUAAAGUCCAGACGUCCAUGGCGGUGUGUAAGCUGCGGGCCCGAUCCCGCUGGGCUGUCACUGGAACCCCCAUUCAGAACAACCUACUGGAUAUGUAUUCACUGCUCAAGUUUCUGAGAUGCUCUCCGUUUGACGAGUAUAAGCUGUGGAAGGCUCAGGUGGAUAAUGGCUCAAAGAGAGGAGGAGAGAGACUGAACAUCCUCACCAGAGCACUGCUGCUUCGCAGGACCAAAGACCAGCUGGACUCUACUGGAAAACCACUGGUGUCUCUGCCUGACCGGACAUGUGAGGUUCACAGAUUGAAGCUGUCUGAAGAUGAACAGGCUGUAUAUGAUGUUGUAUUUGCGCAAUCCAGGUCCACACUCCAAAACUAUCUUAAGAGACAUGAAGAGGGAAACGCUAAAAAGGGAGACAAUAGUAAUCCUUUUGAGAAAGUUGCACGGGAGUUUGGGAUGUCUCAGCAGGACUCGCUGUCUUCUUCUCAGCAGCCUCAGGCCUCCAGCACCAUCCACAUCCUGUCACUGCUGCUGCGUCUCAGGCAGUGCUGCUGCCACCUGUCUCUGCUCAGGAAGACUCUGGAUCAGUCGGAGCUGCAGGGGGAUGGUGUAGCUCUGUCUCUAGAAGAGCAGCUGUGUGCUCUGUCUCUGUCUGAGCCCUCAGACUCUGACCCUAAAGACACCGUCUCCCUCAACGGCAGCCGCUUCUCCUCUGAGCUCUUCCAGGACACUCGUGAAAGCACUAAGAUUUCAGCCAUUCUGACAGAAUUAAGAGAAAUUAGAAAGAAAGAUCAAAAAAGUGUGAUUGUGUCUCAGUGGACCAGCAUGCUGCACAUCGUUGCUGUUCACUUGAAAAAAAUGGGUCUGAAGUUUGCGGUAAUUGAUGGCACUGUCAAUCCCAAACGGAGAAUGGACCUAGUGGAGGAGUUCAACACUAACCCUAAAGGACCACAGGUGAUGCUGGUGUCUCUGUGUGCUGGAGGUGUGGGGAUCAAUCUGAUUGGAGGAAAUCAUCUGUUCCUCAUCGACAUGCAUUGGAACCCAGCACUAGAGGACCAGGCCUGUGAUCGGAUCUAUAGGGUGGGACAAUCCCGAGAUGUUACAAUUCACAGGUUUGUUUGUGACGGUACAGUGGAAGACAAGAUCUCUUCUCUACAGGAAAAGAAGAAGGAGCUGGCUCAGAAAGUCUUGUCUGGAACUGGAUCCUCAUUCACUAAACUGUCUCUGGCAGAUCUCAGGGUCAUCUUUGGUGUAUAAUGUGCAUUUAAUUUCAGAAAGUAAAUAAUAAUAUAGUCUCAACAUCAUUUUACCUACUUUUGUUGCUGUCGUGAAAGCAAAGACUUUAUAUUCAAAUACUGCAUGUUUAAAUUGAAUAAAUUUAAGGAAUGUCACCAGG